AUAAAAACUACUCCAAGGGAAUCUCCAAACUGAGAUCGAAUUCAUGAGUGGUGUCAUCUUCCAAUAUUCUCUUCCUUGAUGAUUUCUAUCGGACUGAACCGGUAUGGUUUCGUGCGAUUAUCUCUGGCGGAAUUUGGGCAUACUGGUUUCGCCUAUCUUCGAUGGCAUUAGACCCUCUACGUGACAUAUAUUGACUCUGUUUCAGUCCUCUUCUUUCCCAGUAGCUUCAUUUGUGUGUAUGAGCUUAUAAUUUUCAUAUCGAACCUGUCGGGUUUCGGGCUCACUGGAUUGAUACAAUGGAUACUGCAAAUGUUGAAAAUGGGGCCGGUGCAACAUCUGUUGGUGAUGUUAGUACUGAUUUUGAUACCGAAACGGAUAAAGUUGUGUUCCCUGAAGGCGAAUCACCCAGUGGGGAGGAUGUUGGAGAUAUUGGCAUUGAUAGCACAACUCUAACAAGGCUGGAGUUGAGUUUAGCAGGUUUCUCUGAGAAAAUUACCAACUUGAGCAUCUUUAUGAUGCGUCUAGCUACUAUGGAUAGUGAAUUUGAGGCCUUCGUGCUGGAGAAAGAUCACAUGGAACUUGAUUCUGUUGAGAAGGGUCUUGAGUUUGAUCUUUUAUCGGGGAUAUUGGAUUCGGAGGUUGGAGAAUUGGAUGAGUUUUUGCACACACUGCGUGCUGAGAUUGCUGAUGCUCGAGAGAGAACGUCUUCGUGCAACCACUUGGGCGAAACUUGUCUGGUAAUGAAAGAUAAAAUGUGUGAUUUUGAGCUGUACUUGAAGCAGUCUGAGGAGCAGUUUUCUGUAAUCAAGAUGCAAUCGGCGAAUUUUCAGAGGAAUUUGUCCUCUUUUAAGAGGGAAAAAACUGGGAAAAAUGACGUGGGCGAAAUCAUCAAAGAGGAUAACGAACCUUUUAAUGUGAAGCCGGAGAUAAAUAUGCACACAGCUGAGCAGCAAAGAAAUAUCCUAAGGAUGCUAGAGAAAUCCUUGGCAAGGGAAAUAGAUCUUGAGAAAAAUUUGAAUGACUCCCUGCAAAUUCAAGAAGAGCUAAGACUAAGGAUAUCAUCUUUAGAACAGGAGCUAGUUUAUGCGGAGGAAGAAGCAACUGAUGCGUGGGAAAGGUGGUUUGAGGCAGAUGGUGCAAAUCAGAUCCUGAUGGGGAUUUCAAGAGACUUACUUGGUAGAAUCCAGAUUUCUCAGUUCAAUCUGAAUGGUUUAGCUCAGCGUGAAUCCGAUCUCAGAGCUAAACUUGAUCUUGCUAAUUCAGAGGACUCCACUGUAAGUGAAAAGGUGAAUUCACUCGAGAAGCAGCUAAAAGAAUCUGAACUUCAACUACUGAACACAGAGGCUUCUGCUGAUGAAUAUCAGAAGCUAUAUAAUGUUUUGUGUUCUGAUGUACGAGAUAUGGAAAAUCUUAUUGUAGAACUGAAAGAAAAUGCAUCCAAGGCAGAAAGUAGGGCUAAUAGUGCAGAAGCUGAGUAUAAAUUAUUGGCAGACAAUAAUACUAAACUCAAUGAAGAGCUGGCCUUUUUGAAAGAGGGUGGCGCUGCCACUAAGAAGGUGGAAUUGCUGGAGAGGCGGCUUAAAGAAUCUGAUCUGCAGUUGCAGCACGCAAUAGCAUCUGCUGAAGCUAGUCAGGAGAAACAAAAUAUGUUAUAUUCUACAAUUGAGGAUAUGAAAAAUGUGAUUAAGGAUCUUAAGUCAAAUGUUUAUAAAUUUGAAAGUCGGGCUGACAGUGCAGAGGAGAAAUGUAUUGUAUUAUCUGAAUCUAAUGCCGAGUUAAAUGAGGAGUUAAGUUUUUUGAGGAGUAGAUGUGUAUGUCUGGAGGAAACUCUGCAUCAGGUGGAAAAAACUAAAAUGGCCACAGUGAAAGACAUUGGCAUGCACAUCAUGAACUUUAAAACUUUGGUCACUCAGUUGGCUGUAGAGAGAGAGCGUCUUAAUAAGCAGAUAUCUUCCUUGGCAUUUGAAAACAAAAUUUUGGUAGUAAAGCUAGAGAAGAUAUAUAAGGGUCCUCCUCUAGAUACUAAUGAAUCUAACAGAGAAAGUGGUUCGUCUGCUGGAGAAAUCAAGGAAGAUGUUUGUGAGACUCCUGUCACUUCUCAUAAGGAGGACAUGAAUGGACAGAAUUUAUCAUCUGAGGAGAACGAAAUGAAGCCUGCGGAGCGCAUGCCUGACAUUGGCACUGUGAGGAGGACAGAUGCGGGAGUUCUUAGUCUUAAGCACUUGCUCAUAGCAAUACUUGUCUCACUGGUUUCAGCCGUGGCUUUUUUGCUGUUGAAGGACAAGAAUUUUGAUUUCAGUCAUUAAAAGUACAUUGUUAUCAGGAAUUAUAGUUUUUAAUUUUUAAAUGUAAAGCAUGUUUGUGGGGCAAGGAAGCAGGAAGACAUGGGACUUCUGGUUCCAAAUACCACCCCCCCCCCCCCCCGGGAGAGGGGGUUGGUUUUCCCUGCUCUUCGUUUUUUUCCCCAUCGAGUGAUCAAGAUUUUUCUACUUUUUCCGGUUUUUGGAUGGUUCUAGUUUGGAAUGAACUUGCUGAAAACUGCGAUCCUUUAAAUGAUUGCCGGAAAGCAGAAACAGACACCUUCCUUGCAAGUCAUACCGGUUGAUCCAUGUCAUCGGAUUUUCCCCCUUAAUAAUUGACAUCCUGAGUUGACUUUUCUGCGUCGG